UUUCAAACAGGAACCUGUGGCACCAAGUUUCAAAUUCCUCAGAAUUUUGGAACAUCCGUGUUGGAUAUAUAAGACGGCGCCAGAGGCAGAUCUAUAGCUCAGACAAUCUUCAGCACCAACAGCUGUAGCUUCUUUGACAGCAGAAAACAUGACCAAGGGUUCAUUCUCAACUGUGACCGCGGAGGUGGUUCAAAAGUUGGACAAAAUAAGUCUCAUCAGUAACAAUUCUAUGAAUGAGAAAUGGGAGAUGCAGACUCUGGUCAAGAUUAGAAAGAGGAGUUUUUGGGAUUUCUUCAAUUUCUUUGACCGGAAGCCCAAAUAUACCAUAUUAGCUCUAAAACUGAAUGAAAUUGUGGAAGAAAAGAUCCACUUAGGAUCCGAAAAAUCUCUCAUUGUGAAAGAUUUUAAAAAAACCAACUCUGACACAUUCAGAGUAGCAGUAACCGAAAAGGGUGGCGAACAAACGGAUGAGGAGUCUCUCUCUUCUCUCACCCUGUGGAGUGAUAGCAUCAGACAGGAGGACCUGUCAGUUCUCAUUAGAGGAGAAGGCUUGAAAUUAGUGGGAGGUAUUGAGAAGAAGUUGAAUCUAAAGGAGGGUGAGAGGCUGGCUUUUGUGACAGACAGAGUUUACAACACCAACAGUGUUGAAUUUAAGAGCAACACCAGCAACCCGUUCUUUGCAUUUUUUGAUUCAAAGAGUGACGUGAGCUUUACCGUGCCGGAAAACACAGUCUUUGCCUUUGGUCUUCAAGAGGUAACCCUGGAUAAUGGCUCCCUGAACAUCGAGCCGGAGUAUAAGAUUGUGUCUGAGACUCUCAUGUCUGCGAACGUUGUCAUUGCUGGGGAGGCUCUCAGACCUGCUUUACCUGUACAUGUGAUUUACACUCAUCCCAUUGUUGAGAUUAAACGCAAAGAAAAAACCCUGAAGCCUCUUGCUGAUGUCCAAGAGGCGACUCGCAGGAGCCUGAUGAAAUCACUCACUGAGAUUCUGGAGGACAAGGAAGCUCUGACUCUGCUGGAGGACACACUGGAUGAGUGCGCUGAUGAUGAAUAUAAGCCUCCGCAGUCUGAAGCCGUUGCCUCAUUCAUGGACCUUCUUCAUAAGUCCAAAAUGUCCAGAGAGAUGAAAGAGGCCCUUCACCUGCUGGUCUCUGCUUUGAAUGCCUUGCCAGGCAAUCUGGCUGCUCAGCUGGCUAAAAGUGAUCCUGAGACACUGAACUGCCUUAUGGGAAUGAUGGACAGUCUGGGGACUGAUCAGAGCAAACACCCAGAGUCUCCACCACCCCCACUGCAGAAGGAAGGAGAGCUCCACCUAGUGGCUGAGUUCAUCAUGUCAGCCAAUGAUAUGAAUGAACUGAAGAAAAAGUGGGAUAAUCCACACAUCACUCCAGAGGCUCUGCUCGAGCUUCUCUACAUUAAUGUGUCUGGACUCAGCAAGAUGCAGUCCAAAUAAAUGAUAAAUGCAUCAUGCAGGAUUUUAUCACUGAUUCUUUAAUACAAUCUGUGCACUAAUGCUGCACAUGGGAUGGGUGUUGGUUUUCUUUAGCAAAGGGAGGAAGUUACUAGCCUGGGUGCCAUUCCAAACUUAGUCCCGCCCACAAAGUUUGAGUUCGGGGAAGUUCGGUCUGGCUCUGCUCCAUAGUAGCGCGAGUAUUAUCGCCCACUGUCAGGCGAUC